AUGAACCCUAUGUUCACCAAAGAUGCGUUGCUUGCUCUAAUUCGAGGACAAGCAGGAUUCGCGCCGUUUCCACCACAAGCGCCUUCUGAUUGCGCGUUUUCAUUUAACGACCGCCAAGCUUUCCUAAAUACUACCAUAGCGUUAACCAAUAAUAAUUGGUCGCGACACAUGGUUGGAUUUCCUGACGUUGGCCGAUGCUAUGAAAUUGGGAUCCCUAAAAAAGGGUAG